CUACUACGUGCUCCACCGAGUCACUUGGUUCGAUACCACAUAAUGGACAAAAUAUUUCUCCCUCACCUGCAAAAAAUAGAGCCACAUGCACAUUUCACAUUCAGUUUUCCGAUCAUAGAAUCGUCAAUGGGGAGGAAGUACUAUGCCAAAGUAGGUUCGCUCAGUGAACGAGAACAGUUCGUGGGAGAGGCAGAGUCACUCAGAGCCAUACACAAUGCUGCACCAGGACUGGCUCCUCAGGUGCUCGCAGCGGUCGGUCCAGAUGAUUCUGCUGCGACAUCCGAACGGCCUUAUUUCCUGUCGGAAUAUCGGAAUAUUAUAAGUCUUGCUUCAAACCACAAAGCAGGGGAGGAGCUUGGGAUGAGGCUAGCCACCGAACUGCACGUGUACAAGAGCACUAUGGGCUUUGGAUUUCAUGUUCCUACCUUCUGCGGAGCAACUCGGCAAGACAACGGCUGGCAUCAAACCUGGGAAGAAUGCUACAGCGCCAUGAUUGGAAAUCUCCUCGCCAAGCUUCGCGAUGAAGGCAGGUUUUCAGAACUUUGCACUAAAGGGGAACAAGUAAGGUCCAAAGUGAUACCAUUCUUGCUUCGGUCCCUCGAGGUUGAGCCGGUGCUAUUGCAUGGUGACCUCUGGAGCGGUAAUGUGGGCAUAGAUAAUUUAUCGGGUCAACCUGUUAUCUUCGAUCCGUCAUCUUACUACGGUCACAAUGAAGCUGAUCUGGCCAUCGCCCGUAUCUUCGGCGGAUUUCCACGUGGCUUUUUCGAAAAGUACCAUGAACACCUGCCCAAGACCGAACCUGUGGAUCAGUACGAGCUCAGAGCAGACCUUUACGAGCUCUACCAUUAUCUAAAUCACACAGUUCUGUUUGGAAGUUCAUAUGCAGGAAGUGCUCUGCGGAAGAUGACUGUGCUUCUUGGGGCUUGCGCGUAACUGGACACACGAGCCCAACGCAACAGGGACUGUAUGUAGCAGGCCAACCAGUGCAGUGGUCAAUGUAUCAAUAUUGUAUUUUCAUGUUUCCCGACCAGCUCGAGGGUUACAAAUGGCCAGCGUUGGCGGCGGAGUACUUUGAUCUGAUCAUGGCUGGCGCUGCCUUGCUUUCAAGCACACCUCGUAUGUACUAUCCUAGUUUAGGAGUCUCACUUCCGU